GGGACUUUAUUAACGUGCUAACGCUUAUUAAACAUGCUAGAUUAUUUACAUUUUACUUCGCUGUCUGUUCUUUUAUGUUCAGACUGUCAUUAAAUUAAACGGAGCGUCCGUAUCUCCGAUAAGAGGAGCUGCAGUUCCUCCUCUCCUCCUCUGGUGGAGACACUGAGCACAUUUUGACCUGCUCUUUAAAAAGAGGAAGAAACUGUCGAGCUGUUCAUCGCUGCUUCCUUCACGGAAAAGUGGCAUCAACUUACUGAAGACUCCACUGAGACGUAAUGGACCCAGAUGUGUCGGUGCUGCUGCACUGUGAACGCUGGAAGGGGCUGCUGGAGUCUCAAGUACAAGUGGAGCUUUCUGAAAGGUUUAACAGGCAGACGGAUCCGACUGUAGAGCGUCACAUCGAGGAGCUGUGGACGGAGCGGGUCUCCAGGGAGCCGUGGCUUUUCAACGGGGCCAAAUUCAGGCUUCAUUCUUUCUGCUUUGCUCUUCCAAAACACCCACCAUCCACUCGUUCCUCCCACAUCCCCCUGUUGAACUGUGCAGGGGACCAGGGUGGACAAACUAACAGCCACACCGUACUAGAGGACGUCCUUCAACAGACUAAAUUGUUGCAGGAUUCUUCCACAUGUGGCUGCACAGACGUCUCACCUGAUAUUCACUCACGCUCCGGGCCUGUCCUGACUCUGAGACUCGGCCUCACCUGCUACAAGGACUAUCUGGGAACGAACUGGUCGAGUCGGGUGGCGGAGCUCCGUCGGCGAGGAGAGGCGGAGUUCAGCGACCCUGUGGCGCUGCUGGCCCAGCCGCUGGGCGUCGGCGCCGUGCUGAGGACGGCUGACGGUCAGGUGGUGCUGAUCAGGAGGAGCCAGAAGGUGGCGGAGGCUGGAGGGCUCCUGGACAUUCCUGGAGGACACCCAGAGCCCAAGGUGGUGUGUGAGCGUCUGGGCCAGGCGGUGUGUGAGGAGAACAUCAGUGUGGAGAUGAUGCAGCAGAAACUGGAGGUGGUCGUCUCCGAGCUCUUCUCCUCCGUGUGUGCAGAGAUCAGAGACGAGGUGAAUGUUCCUCUGAGUUCUCUGGGAGAACCGGUUCUUCUGGGCGUCGGUCUGAAUCACAUCAGCGCUGGAAGACCGAGUGCUGAGUUCUACGUCAGCUGCUCCCUGACCUCUGAUGAAGUCAGACAGUUGUACUGGAAAGGAGGACCAGAAGCCCACGAGUCCACAGACGUCGUGUUCGUCAGCAGAGCGGAGCUCCUGCAGCUGAACAGCAGCAGCCCUCUGUGGUCCGAGUUGUGUCCUUCAGCUAAAGGAGCCGUGAUUCUUUAUCAGACUGUGAAACCCGACGGAGGCACCGAGAAGACGACGCCACAAAACGGACCCACAUGAUGGAACAAGCACAAAGACAAACGGUUGAUUAAAGUUCAGGGAUUUAUUUUCAGAAAAUGUCCCUGACCAACACUGCUGUUAAAACUGUGCAAAGUACUGUGUAGCUCUCAUCAUUUGUUCACUGGACAGUAGAAAUUUUGUAAAAUAUUUUUGGAUAAAAAGUGUUUUUAUCAAUAAAAUUAAAAAGCCACAACACUGAA